AUGAGUGAGAGGAGAAGAUCUGCAGUCGCCCUGAGCUCCCGAGCACAUGCCUUCUCCGUCGAAGCCUUGAUCGGCUCAAAUAAAAAGCGGAAACUGAGAGACUGGGAGGAGAAGGGGCUGGACCUGUCCAUGGAGGCGCUGAGUCCCGCAGGCCCACUCGGAGACACGGACGACCCGGCGACCCACGGCCUGGAGCCCCACCCGGGUGAGUGUGUCGUGUCGGGGCGGGAGGCGGGUGGAGACGGGGCUACCGAAGGCUGUCCCCGCGUGUGGAGCGAGGCCCUGCCUGCCGACUCCCUGCCUCGCUCCGACGCAGAAGCGAGAGGAGCAAAGAGAGGGAAUCUGGGAAACAGAGUAACCCAGAGGUAUUUCUGUAGAAGUCCGGAGUCCCUGACUGACGAAGAUGCGACGGAACAUGGAAUAGAGAGUGAACUUGAAUCAAUACAGUUCAGUUGGCCGAUUUGCUUACUGGGUCUGCACAAAGCCGGCUUUAGUUGGAGCCUGAGCACCCGAAGCCAGGGGCGCCAACCUGUAGCAGUGGGGGACCAGCCCGCCAAGGCCUCCACUCUGCACAACUCACUAAUCAGAGGACACAAUUACGUAUUUCCACAAACUUCCACGGAAGCCCCGUGGCCUCCCAAAUCUCAGGCAGGGGAUUUGGAUCGGCGGCGGAACAGCUGCUGUGACUACGGCCUCGAAAUGCGGCGGCGCCCAGUACGCACGCACGGACCCAUCCGACGCUCCAUUGAGCUUCCUUCCCCCAGCUCUGGCUCGGACAUUUCCCACCCGUCUCUUCAGAGGAGUGCAGCCAAGGCCGGGUCUCCUGCGGAGCGAAAUAAUUCAAACCUUCUGGGGAGGGAUUUCCCUCUUUCCAGCCUGCAGGCCGAAGAAGGCCUUGCGGCCAGCCCUGGCUCCACUGGCCUGGAGAGGAACCUGCGAGCUUUUGUGUGCUUCUUUCUAGCUAGGGGAACGGAUUCCCUAAAUCGCGCAGCCGAGGCCUUCCCUGAAGUCCUCUGUCUCCCGGAGCAUAAGGGUAAGGCUUCACCUAGAGGAUCCCUAGAGACAGUCAACCUUUAUCUCUGGUCCUUGCGCCACACGUCGCUCGCUGCCCUGUUUUCAGCAGGAAAGCGGCAGUUUUCCCGCGCCUCUCAAGAAAUUUCAGCUGACAUUUCACCAGGGAAGGAAGUAGAGUGGAUCCUUCCCUGUGAACCCGUGUCUGGGGCAGUUCGGGUGACCUUCACAAGCGUGUUGCUUGGGCCUCUGGCAGCGCAGAGAGGUGCAGAUCGCGGUGCGGCGUCCCCUGCGCAGCUCUGGGCCCGGUGCACUGCGUGGCGGUGCGCCCAGCUCCGCGGAGCUCCGAGUCUGGCCGGCCGGGCAGGGGCUAUCAUUCUGCACUCAAUGCAUAAAUAUCAGCCCCGAGUCCAUGUGAUCCGCAAAGACUUCAGCAGUGAUCUUUCACCCACCAAACCUGUGCCUGUGGGAGAUGGCGUGAAAACAUUCAACUUUCCUGAGACUGUGUUCACCACAGUCACGGCCUAUCAGAACCAGCAGAUCACCAGAUUAAAAAUUGACCGAAACCCUUUUGCUAAAGGGUUCAGAGAUUCUGGCAGAAACAGAACUGGACUUGAAGCCAUCAUGGAGACUUACGCAUUCUGGAGACCUCCCGUGCGCACACUGACCUUUGAGGACUUCACUACCAUGCAAAAGCAGCAAGGGGGCAGUACAGGUACUUCCCCAACCACCUCCAGCACCGGGACACCAUCUCCUUCAGCUUCUUCUCAUCUCUUAUCUCCAUCUUGUUCUCCUCCAACAUUUCAUUUGGCCCCCAAUACUUUCAAUGUGGGCUGUCGAGAAAGCCAGCUGUGUAAUCUAAACCUCUCUGAUUAUCCGCCAUGUGCCCGAAGCAACAUGGCCGCCUUACAGAGCUACCCUGGGCUGAGUGACAGUGGCUACAACAGGCUCCAGAGUGGCACAGCGUCAGCCGCUCAGCCCUCCGAAACCUUCAUGCCCCAGAGGACUCCAUCACUGAUCUCAGGAAUACCAACGCCUCCCUCGUUGCCCAGCAACAGCAAGAUGGAAGCCUACGGUGGCCAGCUGGGGUCCUUCCCCACUUCACAGUUCCAGUAUGUCAUGCAGGCAGGCAAUGCGGCCUCCAGCUCUUCGUCACCACACAUGUUUGGUGGCAGUCACAUGCAGCAGAGCUCCUACAAUGCCUUCUCCCUUCAUAACCCCUACAAUCUGUACGGGUACAACUUCCCCACUUCUCCCAGGUUAGCUGCAAGCCCAGAAAAACUGAGCGCACCUCAGAGCACUUUACUCUGUUCUUCUCCUUCCAAUGGGGCCUUUGGAGAGAGGCAGUACCUGCCCACAGGGAUGGAGCACAGUAUGCACAUGAUCAGCCCAUCGGCUAAUAAUCAGCAGGCUGCCAACACCUGCGAUGGCCGACAGUACGGGGCGGUCCCAGGCUCCUCCUCCCAGAUGUCGGUGCACAUGGUUUAA